GACCAGACACACAGUCAUCCAGUUUCCCCAGUUAUAUGCAAAUGAAUAAUUCAGUAUAAUGAAAUCAAUUACUUGAAGUCUUCAUUGGAUUACAAAGCGUAUUUAUGCCUUGAAACUUCUUCAACCAACACAACACAUGAAUUCAUGUGCGGUGUGAAGCAUGUUGCCAUGUUCCAAUUCAUCCUCGGUUUACAAAUCAUCAUUCCAAUGAUAACUGCCUGGAUCUUGAAUAUUUCCCAUGUUUUUUUGGCAAUGAACCAACAAGGAUAAUGUCUCACCAAAUUGAAUGUGCAAAUGUAGGCUGAAUCUGAUGCAUUCCACCUAACUCCUCAGGCACUGACACUUAUCUUCACCAGUUUCCACAAGGUAAAUGCCUUCGAAGCCUGUAUUUGCUGGAAGUAGUUGUAAAGAUGUAUUACAAUCAUUUUGCCGAUGGACCAGUGUUCGGGGACUACAGCAUCUAGUGCGUGCAGACCACCCACUAUUACGUACAAUUUGGGCUGUAUUCGUCGCUCUGAUGUGUUUUGCUAACAUUGGAUUGGUGACCCUAUUACUGAUCCACUACUACCAAUUUAACACAAUUGAAAAUAUACGCACCUUACGUGGAAUUCAAGUGGCUUUCCCACAUAUCACUCUGUGUAAUGUUGACCCAGUCAAUUCGUAUCGUGUAUACUGUUUACAGAAUCCUCAAGUAAAAGGAUGCAACAUCAAUCCAAAAUAUUCAAAUGUUCUGACAAAAUAUCAAGAAGCUAACCGAUACUUUAAGACAUACAGAGGCUCAGCUAUCUGGUAUAAACUAGAGGACCCAAGUAUGGUUGCAAUAUUCUAUCAGCUGAUUGGAAUGGAGGCAGCUACACAAAUUGGUCAUCAAAUGGAUGACUUCAUUCUACCCAUAUUUUGUGAGGUAACAACGAGAGAGAAAGGUGGAAUUAUGGUCAAACGAAAGUGUGAAGAAGCAGGCGUUCAAGGCUUACACCUAAUCACGUAUAAAUAUUUCAACUGUUAUACAUUAUCAAUGGAAGAUAUGCAUAUAAGUAAUAAUGCUGUUCGUUUAUCAGUAAUACUAUAUCUGGAUGAAGAGGAGGAUUUAAAUUGUCGACCGUACUGUACACAUGAGUUUACUGAAUGGGCAGGAAGUAAGAUUGUUGUCCAUUCUGCUGGUUCCUAUCCAGACAUUGAAACAUCUAGCAUGAAUCUACUACCUGGUGCAUCGAAUCAAAUUCUUAUCGAUGGCAUGCGUCGUACUGAGAAAAAAAAUAUGGAAUCGAAACCGUGUGAAAAUAAUGCACGCAACUUUUCAGUUGUUUACUUCGAUCAUGCCAAACAAAAAUUUAGUCAGCGUAUCAUGAGCUAUACAGAUAGAUUAUGUAUACAGUUGUUAUCACAGAGUGCCACUAUGGAAGAAUGUCACUGUAUUGAUUUUCUAAUGCCUAUACCGGGUGCACAUAUGGAUCUAGUUAACCAGUUGCCGUUUUGUGGAAAUUUAUCACGUGCUCAUGUGAAUGACAGUCUUGUUUGUAGCCAACAAGUAAGACAGCGAAAUUCAAAACAUUUCCGCCAAUUAUGUCCAACACCUUGUGUACAAAUGCAAUACAAUUAUGAGUUGACCCAGCUAAGAUGGCCACAAAAGCCACGCAUCCUAAAUUAUUACGCUCAACUAAAAGAUCGUAUAGAUUAUAAUCGAAAAUUUGAAAUUUAUGAAAGAAUUGAAGAAAUAUCCAUGACCAAUGCAACAAAGGCUUUAACUAUGCUUCAGCACACAGACGUAUUUGAAAAGAAUUUCCUACAAGUGGAUGUCAGUCGUCCAAACUUUGAUACAUUAAUGUCAUAUCAAGAAAAUGAGGAAUACACUUUGCCGACGUUACUGAGUCAGAUUGGUGGAAUUUGUAGUAUUUUUCUAAGUUUCACAUGUGUUACAGUGUUAGAACUGAUCGAGUUAAUGUUUAGGUUAAUUUUGAUUGCCUGUCCUAGAUUCCUGAGCUUUACACGACAUGCCUUGCAUUAUCUCAACAUGAAAACAUUUAAAUUUGGUUUUCAUACUGCUAAUAAUAAAAAGAGUAGUUUUGUGAGUUCACUUGAACAAAACAGAAAACUAUCAGCACCUGUAAGUGUAAGAAAUCAAAAGGAGGAAUUUUCAAACGACCUUUCUUGGUAUGCGAAAAAUUACAUCAAGAACAAAUUCAGUCACAAUGAAAUGAAUUAUGUGGAAGAAAAUUUAUUGUCUACUUACAUCAAUAAAAGUAGUGAUAUUAAUACUGAGAAAAAUAAAUUUAGGGUUUACCGAUCUGUUGGUAUAGCGAAUUGUCAAAUGGAUAGUCGUUUUAGGCAGUUGCAUGAACCCGGAAACAAAUGUUUCCUUCACUCACCUAUAUUACAUCAUUUUAACUCAGAUCAUCCGAAUACUACUGACAUUACUCACUUGUACAAUGAUUCCUUUGAUAUUUCACAUAAUAGUGAUUUGAGUAAAAGGGAUGAUAUAAUUUUACAUAAUAUUGGAAAUCAAAAUAAUGAAUCCACAAACAACGGCUUACCAAAUAGUCUUAUUGGCUAUAACUUUAACAAUGGAAGAAAUUCAUCAAAACUCAUCGCUAGAUCAAUAUCAUUUCCAGAUUUUAUCAACCAUUAUGAUAUUGUAAAAAAAUAGGAGUUAUAAUGAUAAGCAUAAUAAUUGCACUCAAGAUUUAACGACAUAUGGACAAAAUAGUUCAACUAUUCAGCGAUAAAUUCCCAUUCAAACUUUAGCAUAUGCAUACAAUUAUUUUAUGUGCAAGCGAUAUUAAUUAUCGAUUUUUUAUUAGAUUAUUACUAAGCAUACUACUGUACAGACUACCUAUGGGUAUUAAAUAUUUGCAAAGUAAAUGAAUCAAAGAUUACAAAUAUCGAAUUCCAGUGAAAAUUUAUGGCAUAAAGAAUAAUUCCUAAACUUUCUUCAAAUCGACAUACACAUCGAUUGUGGAUACUCUGCAGAGUGCUAAAGUUUAAACUUACUUUGACCAUAUGAUUUGUUUUAUUGUACAUUUAUGUGAGGGAAAAGGGAAGUUUAGUCAAGGGUUUCAUGACAUUUCAUGAUCUGUUUUACCUCAUCCCUUGUUCGUCAGUAUUCAUCAGUGAUUAUAAAUAGUUAAGGAACUCAUUAAAAAUGGAAAGAAUAGGUCAGUUAACGUUUUUUCCUUCUGUUUUAUAUACAAAAAUAGGACGUCUAUUUAUAUAGGACAUUUAAAAUGGACACUAUCUUAAUACUUUUUCUAUUCACUUAUAGUUUUGUAUAAUUCAUAUGCACGGGUGUAUAACUGAUCUAAGUAAAAACAUGUCACUAGCAAUUAGACUUUAUUUCUAGGAAUUUUGGAUUGUCUUUCUUCGGUUAGGCAGUUGAGUAUAGUAAGGACGUGACUCAUUGGCUUAAGCAUUCAGUUACCAAGCAACUAACUUUUGGCUCUAAUUCCGCUACAUAUAGUUCAACCUGAACAAUUAAGUAGUAUUAUAAGCCCCCAUGCACCAGAUGUGACUCAAAGCCUAGUACAUAAAGCUUCUAUCGUGUUUAGUUGCAUUACUUAUAAUGUCACUAAAAUUGUAUCUGUGAGUGGGACCAUUUAACACUUGCCAAUCGCAUUUUUGUUGCCGAAGCAAUAAUGCUAGAGUCAGAUUUCACACACCUUAUAUGGUGAAGUUCAAAGUAUGGCUGAAUUGCUAACUUACACUAUGCCUAACAGUGGAUUCCCACGUUAGUGGUACAUCUGCCAAAAUGAAAAUUUGAUCGGUAUUAACAACCCUGCUCUAGUUCCAGGGAAAUGAUAUAUAUAUGUACAAAAUACACCUAAACAAAACUAUUUCCAUUAAAAAAAUGGCAACAUAUUUCACUACUAAACAAAUUAAAAAUAAUUACAAAGAACAACAAGUGAUACGUAGG